CUAAAACGCAUUACAAACAGACACAGCGGUAUGAAAGAAGGCAACACCAUUAGGUUUGUGCAAGCCUUCGUCCUUAGUAGAAUCACGUACGUUGCCUCUUACUUAAAGUGGCGGGUAGCCGAGAAAGCGAAAUUAGAUUGUUUAAUCAGGAAAGUUUAUAAGCAAGCCUUAGGGUUACCGAAGAACACAAGCACGAUGAAAUUGUUAGAACUAGGUUUGCACAACACGCUUGAUGAAUUAAUAGAAGCGCACGACAUAGCACAAUACGAACGACUUUCAAAGACAAAAACGGCUAGGCACAUCCUUGAAAAGCUAGGCGUAGGCUAUCACACGCAGCAAGGUGAAAAAGCAGACGUACCCGCGACGGUGAGAGAAAGAAUAGUAGUUCCGCCGCUGCCCAAAAACAUGCACCCGGAUCAUCACGCCGGUAGAAGAAAUAAGAGGGCGCAGGACUUGCACAGGAAAUUCGGGAAUAGCAAGGAAGCGGUAUUCGUGGACGCGGCCAGAUACGCGCGCAGGUGUGGCUAUGUGGCCGCGACGGCCGAGGAGGUGGCCAUCGCCCUCGCAGUGGCCACCACCGAGGCUGAAGUAGUAAUUAGUGACUCGCAAGCGGCGAUACGUAACUAUGCUAACGGCCGGGUCUCCCGAGAGGCGCUACGAAUCCUAACGAAUAACGAGCAAAAAAUCCGAAACAAAAAUGACACUUUCGUUAUAUGGACGCCCGCACACACAGAAACCCCGCUGGCCGGCAACGAGGCGGCACACGCGGCGGCUCGAGAGCUCACGAACCGAGCCGUUGCGAACGCCGACGCCGCUUCGACCGAGGUCCCACGCGGGGAAGAGUGGGAGUGGGAGGAACGUAUGACUAGUUACAAUGAAAUAACGCAGCACUACAAGCUAGGAAGACGCAAAUACCCACCGCCACACAACAGAUUAAAUAAAAAGCAGGCAGUUGCGUGGCGGCAGCUGCAAACACACACUUACCCAAACCCAGUUAUCUUUCGUCUCUGUUACCCUGAUCUCUAUUUGACAGACAAAUGUAAGAUGUGCGAUGCAAGGGCAACACUGGCCCACAUACUAUGGGAGUGCUCGAGCUUAGACGACAAAGCACACGGAAACCACGAGGAGGCAGUAUCGAAC